AUGUCCUUCUCAGAUGUUUCGACAUUAACCAAAGUGUCCGCAUUCUUCGCCCUUGUGGCUCUCGUAUUGGAUGUGGUAUCAGUGGCCACGCCGCACUGGCAGAGCGGAAGUGGAUUAUGGCAAGUGUGCGAAACUGUCGGAUCUGUGACGACCUGCACGUCCAUAAACGGUGCUUCGGAUAAAUUCCAAACAGUUCGAGCUUUCGCUGUAAUUGGAGUGUUAUUAGGGGCUGCUGCCCUGGGUUUGCUCGUCUUAUUCAUAUGUAGAUAUACUCAACGACGUGUGAAAGUCGUCAUCAUCAGCCUCUCAGGACUUGCAGCCUUGUGUACCCUGAUAGGAUUCUGUAUCUAUACAUCUAUUGGUGGAGGUGGUUCUUACGAAUAUUCUUUUAUAUUAAACGUUGUUAGUGCUGUACUUUAUGUUAUUGUGGCCGUGUUGUUAGCGGUCGACCGACAUCACUAG